CUGUGAAUAUGUCCGAGUCACGCGAGCCGCGUAUCGUCCGUAUGGUCUCGUAUCGCAUCCCGAGGAGCUGAUUUUAGCGGUAAUAAAGCUCGCGCCGCGUAUCGUGAGGCCACCACCUACUCGUAAUCUGAACGAUCCGAGCAUUCACGGUCUAACGAGGUGGCAAAACUUUCGAAUCGCUUUUUCCUAACCGCGUGACGUGUUUGACAGCGGACGACAUGACGCGUACGAACGCGACGGAGAGCGGCUGCAACGUGGUAGUCGCGCCCGCGAAGAAGUCCUUGGUCCACGUCGGAAAGUAUCAGAUGCUGAGGCCCCUCGGCAAGGGGAACUUUGCGCGUGUCGAAGAGGCCAUCCACACCGUCCUCGGAGUCAAGGUGGCGAUUAAGAUAAUAGAUGUCGAGCAGGGCAAGAAGGAUUACGUGAUGAAGAACCUGACGAGGGAGGCGAAGGUGCUGUCGAUGUUACAGCAUCCAAGCAUCGUGAGACUCUAUGAAACUAUCCGGUGCGGAUCCGUGUACUAUCUCGUGACGGAACUCGCGACCGGCGGCGACCUGUGCACGCACAUUAAGGAGCAGCCGGCCGGUAAACUGGACGAGAACACGGCGAGGCUCUAUGCCAGACAGCUGGUCGCCGCUCUCAAGCACAUGCACUCGAAAGGAGUCGUUCACCGAGAUCUUAAAAUGGAGAACAUCGUGUUGCAGGACGAACGCAAAGAACAUAUCAAGAUAAUAGAUUUCGGUCUCAGCAACAUUUAUGCCAGCAACGAUCCUCUAAGAACGCAUUGCGGAUCCCCGGAGUAUGCUGCUCCCGAACUCUUUGUCGUGGGUAAACGAUAUGGACCGGAAGUAGAUUUAUGGAGCCUAGGAGUCGUUUUGUACGGAAUGACAAUUGGUCGACUUCCGUUUUUGUGUCCCCGCGACGAAUGGACAUCGUCGGAAGAGCGUCGACGGAGACUGAUGAUCCAGAUCAACAGAGGCUUGACGUCAAUUCAAGAAAAAGCCAUGUGUCAAACAUCGAUCGAGUGCAGGAACUUGAUAAACCGCUUGCUCGUUCCAUCAGCUCGCGAAAGAAUCACUAUUCGAGAGAUCCUUGAUCAUCCAUGGAUCCUCGCGUCGUCGAAGAGCAAUUUUUAUUUUGAAGACGACUUGAGCGUUUCCGAUCAUCUCGCGAUAGUAAACGAGAUUGCGACGGCAAUGCGAAUAAACGUGACUGCAGUCGAGGCUGAAUUAAUAAGACGAAAAUACGGGGAAAUCGGGGGCAUAUAUAAUAUCAAAGCACAUAAAUUGCACCAAAUAACAACUUCUGCUUACCAGUUAACACCACGACUUCUUCGAAAUUCCACAUAUCGAAUUGAAAAUGUAUCAUCGCCGACCAUGACUAUCAGAACGGCAAAGGACAAUUAUCGAAAUGGCACAUUCAAAAAUUCUGACAAUGCUGAUCGCAUAAUUGUUAUGCAACGCGACCAGGUGCAAGAACGGUCGGUCAAACAAUCCUCAUUACACGGUUCCACGACAUGGAACUGGCGAUGCCGCUCCGGAAACGGAAAUCGCUCUUUCGAGGAACGGAGACAUUCCAAAAUUCAGCACAAGACAUCUACCACUAAUUCAUCCUUAUCAUCCCAGCAAUAUCAUACACUGCAAAUUCCAAAAAGUCAAGAUGAUAGAAUUUCAGAUCGACGAUUAUAUAGGACAGCUUUCAUAAAAAAAUACUAACUCCACCAUGGCGAUAUCGAACUGUAAG